AAUGGACUCCAAAAUAUAGGGUGCACAUUGCAAUUUCAAAAAUUGUAAACCUCAAGAAGCAAAUUCCUACAACCUAAGCUGCGCUCGCCGGCCGUCUCUCCUCCACUCUCUAAGCCGUCCGACGGCGGCGGCGGCGGCGACGCCACCAGAAGGACUCCAGAUGCCGCCCAACCACCGUCCGGCGCCGGAGCCCUUCAAGCCUUACUUCUUCUACGGCCACCGCAAGUCCUCCCAGAACCGCCCCGUCGUGUACGGCGGCCUCUUCUCCUCCCGCAAGGCCAUCGCCGCCCGGCGAAGCCCGAGACCCACGAGCCCUCCGGCCCCCUUCCACCUCCACGAAUGGGACCCGGACCACCACGGCGCCCUCCAAUCUCCGCCGCCGGCGCCCGAGCCUGCCUCCUCCCUCGCCGCCUCGCGCCGCCUCUCUCCGAUCGCCCGGUUCAUCGUCGACGCGUUCCGCCGGAACCGCGGCGACUGGGGCCCGCCCGUCGUCGCCGAGGUGCUCAAGGCGGAGAAUAACGCCACGAUCGCCUCCAAGUUCUUUGCUUGGGCAGGUAGGCAAAAGGGUUAUAGGCAUGACUAUGCUGCCUAUAAUGCACUUGCUUAUUGCUUGAAUAGGAACGACAAGUUCCGGGCUGCUGACCAGGUGCCCGAGUUGAUGGACUCGCAUUGGAAGCCGCCUAGUGAGAAGCAAUUCGAGAUUUUGAUUAGGAUGCAUGCGGAUGCCAGGAGGGGAUUGAGGCUUUACUAUGUGUAUGAGAAGAUGAAGAAGUUCGGCGUGAAGCCACGUGUUUUCUUGUAUAACAAGAUUAUUGAUGGGUUGGUGAGGACUGAUCAUUUGGAUCUGGCAUUGUCUGUUUACGAUGAUUUUAGGUUUGAUGGCCUAGUUGAGGAUAGCGUCACUUACAUGAUCCUGAUAAAAGGAUUGUGUAAGGCAGGGAGGAUUAAUGAAAUGAUGGAGAUUUUGGCUAAAAUGAGAGCAAACUUGUGCAAGCCGGAUGUUUUUGCAUACACGGCAAUGGUUAAGAUAUUGGUUUCGGAGGGGAAUUUAGACGGAUGCUUAGGGGUGUGGGAGGAAAUGAAGAGAGAUGGUGUCAAGGCUGAUGUUAUGGCAUAUGGAACCUUGGUUACGGGAUUGUGUAAAGGAAAGAGAACGGACAAGGCCUUUGAGCUGUUUCAGGAGAUGAAAGCAAAAUGUUUUUUAAUUGAUCGGGCGAUUUAUGGCGUAUUAGUUGAGUCAUUUGUUGCAUGUGGCAAAGUUGAAUCUGCUUGUGGCUUGUUGAAGGAUUUAAUUGACUUAGGAUAUCAGGCUGACUUGCGGAUCUAUAACGCUCUUAUUGAAGGCUUGUGUAGUGUCAAGCAUGUUGAUAAGGCUCACAAGCUUUUCUUUAUAAUGUUGCAGGAUGAUCUUUGGCCAGAUUUCAGGACAGUUAAUCCCAUUCUGGUUUCUUACGCUGAGAUGAGAAGAAUGGAGGAUUUCAGCAAGUUGCUGAUGCAGAUGGAGAAGUUUGGAUUUUCUGUGAUGAACGAUCUCUCCAGUUUCUUCUCAUCUUUCGUUUGUGUGGAAGAGAGGAUACCAAUAGCUUUAGAUGUUUUCAGGGACUUGAAAGUAAAAGGUUACUGCAGCGUGUCGAUCUACAAUAUCCUGUUGGGGGCUUUGAAAAAGUCUGGGGAUGUGAAAUUAGUAAUGUCUCUAUUUGAUGAAAUGAAGAGCACCCAAAUCAAGCCCAAUUCCUUGACUUACAGUAUCACAAUCGAAUGUCUUGUUGCGCUCGGGGAAAUAAAAGAGGCGUGCACAUUUUAUAAUAAGAUAAUGGAGAUGUCGUGUCUCCCCUCUAUAGAUGCAUAUUGUUCUCUUGCUAAAGGACUCAGCAAAAUCGGGGAGAUUGAUGCGACUAUGAUGCUCAUCCGUGAUUGCCUGGCCAGUGUUAUGAGUGGACCCAUGGAGUUCAAAUACUCUCUGACGAUUCUCCAUGCAACUAAGUCAGGGCAGGCUGAGAAAGUGGUUGAAGUCCUGGAUGAGAUGGUGCAAGAGGGCUUCCCUCCAAGUGAUGUUGCAUUCUGUGCUGUCAUCUCUGGAUUUUGUAAGCAUGGGACAAUAGAAGAAGCUAGAAAAGUCUUUUCAAGUAUGCAACAGCACAAACUUUUGAAGGAAUCAGAUGCAAUUGUUUAUGAGGACAUGCUGGUUGAACACAUGCAGAAGAAGACUGCAGACCUAGUUUUAUCGGGAUUGAAAUUUUUUGGCUUGGAAAGAAAAUUGAAAGCAAAGGAAUGUAACCUGUUGCCUUUGUGAUGAUACAUGGGUUCUAUGUUCAUUCUACCACCACU